AUGUCACUUCACAGCACAUCAUGCCUGCGACGCGUAGGCCAGCUAGCUGGCAUGAGGCUAUUUCCCAUGCCGCAAUCAAGAAGUCGAAACUUCUCUACGAGUAGUGCUCGGCACAUGAUGAGCUUGGUCGGUUUCAGUGAGAAUCAACUCAUGGUUCGCGAGGCCGUUAGUCAGGUCUGCCAAGAGUUCCCAAAUACAUAUUGGCAAGAGCGCGAUCAACAGGAAAAAGAUCCCAAGGAGUUUCACCUUGCCCUCGCAGAGGCCGGAUGGCUAGGCAUUGCGCUUCCGGAGAGCCUAGGCGGCUCUGGACUGGGCAUCUCAGAGGCGACUAUCAUGAUGCAAACCAUUGCAGAGUCUGGAGCAGGUAUGGCUGGUGCACAGUCCAUUCAUGCAAAUGUGUACGCGACUCAACCACUGGCCAAGUUUGGUUCACAGGAACAGCUUGAGACGAUAGUGCCCAAGAUCGUUUCUGGAGACACACGCGUCUGUUUCGGUGUGACUGAGCCAAACGCCGGGCUCGACACUCUUAGGCUUGCAACUGCCGCUAAGAAGAGCGCCGAUGGAUCCUACUACAACGUGACUGGACAGAAGAUCUGGAUCACAUGUGCCCAGGUUGCGUCCAAGAUGAUCCUCCUUGCACGUACAACGCCACUUGAGGAGGUUCAGAAACCGACCGAAGGCCUUUCAUUAUUCUGCAUCGACAUCGGUGACCGCAAUAAGCCCGGCCUCGAUCUCCGUAGAAUCAAGAAGAUGGGUGGACGCGCUGUUGAUGCUAAUGAGGUCUUUUUCGAUAAUUACCAGAUACCUGCAGACAGCCUUAUUGGCGAGGAGGGCAAGGGCUUUAGGCUCAUCUUACAUGGGAUGAAUGCCGAGCGUUGUCUACUUGCUGGAGAGGCUUUGGGUCUCGGUUAUGCUGCUCUGAAGAAGGCUACCGAGUAUGCUAGAGAGCGUGUCGUCUUCCAACGCCCAAUUGGCCAGAAUCAGGCUAUUGCUCAUCCCUUGGCAGAGGCUUUUAUGAAGCUCGAGGCUGCAAAGCUCGCAACGUAUCAUGCCGCCAGACUCUAUGACCAGAGCAAAACAUGUCCUUCAGGAUCUGUGCGGCAGGAAGACAUAGGUGUCGCGGCAAACAGCGCCAAGUAUUUAGCAGCAGAGGCUGCAUUUACGGCCUGCGAGAGAGCAGUUCUGACGCAUGGUGGUAUGGGCUAUGCUAUGGAGUAUGAUGUAGAAAGGUGGUUUAGGGAGUGUCUUGUGCCCAGGAUCGCACCUAUUAGCCGGGAGAUGAUCUUGAACUACAUUGGCGAGAGGGUGCUGGAGUUGCCUCGGAGCUAUUAA